AUGAAGGUUCCGUACACGAUUAAAUUCGGGGACGUGUCCAAGUCGUUCUACAUUCUCAACUACCUCGCGAACUCGGUGUGCAAGUCCGAUCGGGGAGGCAGCGCGGACCGCGCUCUACAACCUGAUGUCGUUCCACACGGCAGCUUCGCAGCCACUCAUCUACAUGCCCCCGGGUUCUUAUUUUUUGUUUCUCUCCUUUCUCCCCUUUCUCCUCACCUUCACUCCCAUUUCUCCUCCCCCUCACUCCCGUUUCUCCUCCCCCUCACUCCCAUUCAUCCUCCCCCUCACUCUCAUUCCUCAUCCCCCUCACUCCCAUUCCUCCUCCUCUCUCCCAUUCCUCCUCCCUCCCAGUCCUCCUCUUCCUCUCUCCCAGUAGUCCUCUUUCUCUAUCCCAUUCCUCCUCUUCCUCUCUCCCAUUCCUCCCUCCCUUCCUCCCCCUCACUCCAUUCCCCCUCCCCCUCACUCCCAUUUCUUCACCACCUGACUCCCAUUUCUCCACCCCCUCACUCCCAUUUCUUCACCCCCUCGCUCCCAUUCCUCCCUCCCGCACCCCUUGUUUCCGAUUGCCAGGUGCCGUUUGUCACUGUCUCGCAUCUCUUCACUGCAUUGCAUAGCCACACAUUCAGUGACCACCUUUCCACUAUGCUUUCCUCUCCUUGUUCCCAUUUCUCUUCCAUGACAGGUGCCGUUGCCACUGUCUCGCGUCUCUUCACUGCUCUGCUGGUCCUCGCCUCUGUUUUUGCCUGUGCUCUCUAG